UAUGCAACACUAUAACUGAUCUGUACGGUUAGAGUGGGGACAUGAAAUCAGCUAAGACGUUGUUUAACUUGAUUCUUGAAAAAGAUGUAGUGUCGUGGAAUUCAUUAAUAACUGGGUAUGCAUAAAUGGGAUUGGAAGGGAAGUUCUUCUUGACUUUAGGAGAAUGAUAGAUGUAGGGAUAAGACCUAAAGUGCGUUUCUAGGUGUGCUGUCUGCCUGUUCCCAUACUGGUUUGUCAUCUAAAGGAUUAUAUAUUUCGGAGUUAGUGGAACAGUUUUGUGGUAUUAAGCAUAGUUAUACCAUUAUGCAGUCUUGAUUGAUAUGUUUGGAAGAAAAAAUAGACUUGCCCAAGUAUUGGAUUUAAUGUCCAGGGCACCUAAUGGAUCAAAACACGUCAUGGGGUGCAGUUCUGGGGUCUUGUUGAAUGCACGAAAAUUUGGACCUGGCUAUGAGAGCUGCAAAAACUUUGAUUGAGAUGGAGCCAGAUAACGCUGGAAGAUAAAUAAUGUUAUCUAAUGUAUUUGCAGCAAAUAGAUGGAUGAAUGCCCAUAGCGUGAGAAAACUCAUUGUGGAAAGAGGUUUCAAGAAGGGAGUAGCAUAUGACUGCAUAGAAAUUAGAAAUACAAGACAUAAGUUUGUGGCAAGAGAUACUUCGCGUAGGCAUAUGGGUGUAAAGUUUGUUCGAUCUCUGUCUUAUGAGUAUGCAGAGAUGAAAUUCAGAAAUAAUUUCCCUGUAAGAGGGAAAUAUCUUUCUUUUGUCGUGGUUGCUCUUGCAUUCACUGUCUUGGUGUUGUGGGCGUGGCAGGAAAAUCCUUUUCUUUCCACUUCUCAAUCUGUUCAAGCAUGGUAUAGAACUUCUUAUGCAGGAUUCAUUGUAGGUCCGACGAACAGUUCUGAAUUACCUAACACAGCAAAGGAGAAUACUGAAAAAACAUAUUCAAAUUCAAGUACAAAAGAAGAGACAGUAAAAGAUAGUGCACACUCAGAAGUUACACCCACAGACUUUGCAUCCACAAUAAUUCUUAACAGGAGCCAGAGUAAUGAGAACACCUGUAGCUAUGGAAAUGGUGGAUGGGUCCCUGAUGAUAGUCGACCGCUAUACUCUGGUUUUGGGUGUAAGCGAUGGUUAUCCGCUAUGUGGGCAUGUAGACUGACCCAGAGGACAGAUUUUUCUUAUGAGAGAUAUCGUUGGGUUCCCAAAGAUUGUGCGUUGCCAGCAUUCGAGCGGUCUGCAUUCCUUGGAAGAAUGCAGGACAAAACCAUUGCAUUCAUUGGCGAUUCAUUAGGAAGGCAGCAGUUUCAGUCUUUGAUGUGUAUGGUCACUGGUGGGGAAGAGAGUCCUGAUGUUAAAGACGUGGGAAAGGAAUAUGGUCUUGUCAAAGCUAAGGGUGCUAUUCGUCCAGAUGGCUGGGCUUAUUGUUUCCCGAGCACCAAUACUACUAUUUUAUACUAUUGGUCAUCAAGCCUCAGCGAUUUAUUGCCUUUGAACAUCUCAGACCCAACCACUGAUGUAGCCAUGCAUCUUGAUCGUCCUCCAGCAUUUCUGAGAAAGUUCCUCCAUCGGUUUGAUGUGCUGGUUCUUAAUACAGGACAUCACUGGAACAGAGGAAAAAUUAGACAAAAUAGAUGGGUAAUGUACAAAGAUGGAACUCGUAGUGAACUCGGGAACUUGAAAGAAAUUGGCAUAGCUAAAAAUUUUACUGUGCAUAGUAUCGUCAAAUGGCUUGAUUCACAACUUCCCUCUCAUCCUCGACUCAAGGCUUUUUUCAGGACCAUAUCUCCUCGCCAUUUUCGUAAUGGGGAAUGGAAUACUGGUGGUAACUGUGACAAUACCACACCGUUAACUAGAGGAAGCAAAGUUGAACAGAAUGAAUCAAGUGAUGCAAUGGUUGAGAGUGCAGUAAGAGGUACAAAGGUAAAGAUGUUAGAUAUAACUGCUCUUUCUCAGUUGAGGGACGAGGCUCAUAAAUCCCAUUUCAGUAUUAAAGGAACCUCGGGCGGUAGUGAUUGCUUGCAUUGGUGUCUACCUGGUAUUCCGGAUACGUGGAACGAGAUUCUUAUUGCACAAAUAUAGUUCCUUUAGUCUUAAAAGUUCACCUUUUGGACAUUCAAAUUUGCUCCCCUAUCUUUCCAACUUGCAUUUUGCAACCUCUACUUUUGGUGAUUGGUUCAGAGGAAGAUGAGCAUUGGAAUGGGGCAUUCAGUGUUAGUAGUGAGAAGUGAUGGCACUGUCGUUCUUGAUAUUUGGUCAUAUUAAACAAUUGUAAAAUCAAGGGUUUUAUACCAAUUAAUGAUUUCAUUAACGAAUAAAUGAUUUUUUUUGUGCA